GCUCCUCCCCAAAACCCUAGCCCCCCAAGCAGCCGCACCCUCACUCCCUCCUCUCUCCUCUCCUCCCCCCCACGGCGGCGGCGGCGGCGGCGGCGGCAGGAUGGCGGAUUCGACGGCGAGGACGGUGAAGGACGUGAACCCUCAUGAGUUCGUCAAGGCCUACUCCGCCCACCUCAAGCGCUCCGGCAAGAUGGAGCUCCCUGAGUGGGUUGACAUCGUGAAGACUGCGAGGUUCAAGGAGCUCCCUCCUUAUGAUCCGGACUGGUACUACACGAGGGCUGCCUCGAUUGCAAGGAAGAUCUACCUGAGGCAGGGUAUUGGUGUAGGUGGCUUCCAGAAGAUCUAUGGUGGCCGCCAGAGGAAUGGCUCACGUCCCCCGCACUUCUGCAAGAGCAGCGGCGCUAUCUCACGCAACAUCCUUCAGCAGCUGCAGAAGAUGGGCAUCAUCGAUGUCGACCCCAAGGGCGGAAGACUCAUCACCUCCCAGGGAAGGCGUGAUCUGGACCAAGUGGCCGGAAGAGUUGAUGUUACCAUCGCCUGAACAGAUCCAUGGAUCUUCAACCCUUACUGCCUCUCAUAUGUUUGGUGGUUGAGUCGGCUACAGUUUGUUUGCAGUUUUGAAUUAGAACAUGCCCUAUCUUUGGUUGAGUCGGCUAUAGUUUGUUUGCAGUUUUGAAUUAGAACAUGCCCUAUCUUUGCUGGCUCAGAGAAUUGGAAGUUGGAUGCAUCUAGGUAUGAUACUGCAGUAUGUGUUUUGUCUUUUCCUGAAUGAACUCCUAAUGCACUGUCACUAGUUCCGGACAAAAGAAAAUUAAAUUAAGCCCAUGGAAUGUCUCUGCUGAUGCCAGUAUUACUCUA